UGUGUUCUGUGUCUUAUGAUAAGAUACUCAAUAUUUGAAAUAGCUAGACUUAUGAUGCUGAAACCUAAUCUACUGGUCUUAGCCCUGAUAUGCUGCUGCAAUAUUAAUAUUGUUUAUGCAUAUGGUUCAGUUGCAAACCCACAAACACAUUUGCUAAACCAGAGGUGCAGCAAAUACAACGCAUCCAACUUGCAUAGCUUCUUUAGCAGUAUCAAUGGAACGUUUUCAAGGCUUAAAGAUCAAGUUAAUAAUCAUAGAAAACACUUCGUCACUGCAGAAUUACAAGCCAGGGGAAAGAUCCUCAUACAUACUAUGUUUCAAUGCAGAAACUAUCUCUCCAGAAUUGACUGUCUUGCUUGCUUCAACACUGCAUCCACCCAAAUCCGCAACUGUUCUUCUGCCAAAGGUGCUAGAGUCAUAUACGAUGGCUGCUUUCUCAGGUACGAGAGAGGGAGGUUCUACAAUGAGACCACUGAACCUGACAAUGGUGUAUCAUGUGGGAACAUGAGUUCGAAUGCCACUAGUUUUAAAUUAGUUGCAGAACAAGUGUUAAUGGAGCUCCAAACCACAGCACCCAAAAUCAAAGGGUUUUAUGCAGCUACUAAGACAGAGGUGGCUGGUGGUAGUGCAAUUUAUGCCAUUGCUCAGUGUGUUGAAACUGCCACAGAACAUGACUGUCUGCAAUGUAUGACUGUUGGAUACAACAACUUACGAAGUUGUCUUCCCAACACAGAGGGUAGAGCAUAUGAUGCUGGUUGUUUUAUGAGAUACUCCACCACACCCUUCUUUGCUGAUAACCAAACCAUUCAUAUCACACCCUAUUUAGAUCAAGUUGGAAAUCCACAGCCACAUCUACUGAACAAGGGGUGCAGCCCAUACAACUCAUCCAACUUGCCUAGCUUCUUUGAGAAUCUCAAUAAAACGUUUUCAAGUCUGAAAGCACAAAUUAGCAAUGAUCAGAACAAGCACUUUGCCACAGCAAAUACCACCAGGGGAGAGGUGCUAACAUAUGCUAUCUUUCAAUGCAGAAACUAUCUCUCCAAAACCGAAUGUCUUGCUUGCUUCAACACUGCCUCCACCCAAAUCCGCAACUGUUCUGCUGCCAACGGUGCCAGAAUCAUAUACGAUGCUUGCUUCCUCAGGUACGAGAGUGAGAGUUUCUACGACCAGACUACUGAACCUGGGAAUGGUGCAUCGUGUGGAAACACGAGCGCAAUGGUUGUUGGUUUUAGCUUAGUUGCACAACAAGUGCUAAUGCAACUCCAAACAGUAACACCCAAAACCAAAGGUUUUUAUGCAGCUACAAAGACAAAGUUGGUUGAUGGCAGUGCAAUUUAUGCUGUUGCACAAUGUGUUGAAACUGCCGCAGAGAAUGAUUGUUUGAAAUGCAUGCAAGUUGGAUACAACAACUUACAAAAUUGUCUUUCCAACAACACAUCGGGUACAGCAUAUGAUGCUGGUUGUUUCAUGAGAUACUCCACCACACCCUUCUUUCCUGAUAAUCAAACCAUUGAUAUCACGCCCUAUUUAACACGAGGAGGUUCAAGAAAGAAGUGGAUCAUUAUAGGUGGUGUUGUUGGAGGUGGAGGUCUACUUCUCAUCAUCCUUGCAGUGUUUGCCUUUCGAAGAUCCAGAAAACCUAAGAGGUUUCCCAGAGGUGAUAUAUUGGGAGCAACCGAGUUGAAAGGUCCAGUUAAUUACAAAUAUGCCGACUUGAAAGGAGCAACACAGAAUUUUAGCAACGAAAAUAAACUUGGAGAAGGAGGAUUCGGUGAUGUGUACAAGGGUACUCUGAGAAAUGGAAAAAUUGUUGCAGUCAAGAAAUUGGUGUUGGGAAAAUCAAGCAAGAUGGAGGAUGAUUUUGAGAGUGAAGUGAAGCUAAUAAGUAAUGCUCAUCACAGAAAUCUGGUUAGACUUCUUGGUUGCUGCAUUAAAGGAGAAGAAAGAAUCCUGGUUUAUGAGUACAUGGCCAACAGUAGUCUUGACAGAUUUUUAUUUGGUGACAGAGGUCCCUUAAAUUGGAAACAACGGUAUGAUAUAAUUUUGGGCACAGCAAGAGGACUAGCAUAUCUACAUGAAGAUUUCCAUGUCUCCAUCAUACAUAGAGAUAUCAAAACUGCUAAUAUCCUUCUGGAUGAUGAUCUUCAGCCUAAAAUUGCUGAUUUUGGGUUGGCAAGGCUUCUGCCAGAGGAUCGUUCUCACCUUAGCACAAGAUUUGCAGGAACAUUGGGAUACACAGCACCUGAGUAUGCAAUGCAUGGUCAAUUAUCAGAGAAGGCUGAUACCUACAGCUAUGGUAUUGUAGUCCUAGAAAUAGUGAGUGGCCAAAAGAGUACAAAUGUGAAAGAAGAUGAGGAAGGUCGUGAAUACCUUCUUCAACGAGCUUGGAGACUGUAUGAGAGAGGCAUGCAGUUGGAGCUUGUGGACGAGGCCAUAGACCCUAAUGAGUAUGAUGCAGAAGAAGUAAAGAAAACCAUAGAAAUAGCGUUGUUGUGCACUCAGGCAUCAGCUGGAGCGAGACCAACAAUGUCUGAAGCAGUAGUGCUACUGAAAAGCAAGAGCUUAGUAGACCACCUGCGACCAACCAUGCCUGUGUUUGUUGAAUCCAAUUUGAAGUCUCGAGAAGACAAUUCUAGGUCUGUCUCAACUACUGCUUCUUCAUCCAAUGCUACUGCCUCCGUUACUGUUCCAUCAGCUCGAUGAUUAAGAAAACCGACUUCGAUACUUCAACCAAUGAAUGUAACAGACUAAAAUAAACAAUCA